GGUUAUCCAUCAUACACAGAAUCAGCAGAAAUCGAAGCUUAGGGCUGGGAAUUUUUAGCCAAUUGGUUUUUGAUCAUUGCCGACUUUAAAGUUGAAAUCUUUGCUUUCUGGAAUGCCUAUUCGACUACUAACAAUUGCGUAGGUCUUUCUCUCUCUCUCUCUCUAUCUUCUUCUACAUUUUUCACUCGGAUUUGAUCAUUUUAUCAGUUCGUGGAGGUGGAUGGAUUGAUCGAGCUUCUGAGAAAGAUAGUUGGGAUAAUUUUGUUGAAGAGUAGAAGAUGCAAGGAGCUUCAAGGAAUUCUUGCAGUCUCCUUGUUGUGUUGUGUGGGAAGGUCUCUGAAGAUGAUAAAAAGCUUGAUGUAGAUAGCAGACUGAGUUAUCCUUUUCCAGAGAUAACUUCUUUUGGACGUCUUGAGAUUCAAACUCUGACUAGUCCAAGCAUAGAGGAUUUCAGGAAAGCUCUUGAUGCAUUUCAGCCUAAUUUUGUGUAUCUUCAAGGAGAACAGCGCUCCAACAAUGAAGUUGGACCUCUUUCGUGGUCAGGGGUUGACUUCUCCAGUGAAGAAAUGGUGGCUGGGCUAUUUGAUACAUCAACUCCAACCACUGUUUAUCUGGAGAUUCCAGAGGGUGAAAAGUUAGCUGAGGCAAUUGAGGCAAAGGGAGUUCCUUAUGUGAUAUACUGGAACAGUGACUUCUCACGUUUUGCCGCCUGCCAUUUUCGUCAUGCAUUGUUAUCAGUUAUCCAGAGUUCUUCCAGCCAUACAUGGGAUGCUUUCCAUGUUGCAGAAGCUUCAUUUAGGCUCUAUUGUGCGAAAAACAGUCUAGUCCUUCCAUUUAAUAACCAGAAAGCUGAAGGAAAGUUGGGUCCCUCUCUUCUUGGAGAGCCUCCAAAGAUUGAUGUUCCUCUCCCUGAGAUAGGUGAAGAGGAUGAGGAGGAAGGCUCCUCAGAUGAUCACCUGGCUAUAAAAAUAUAUGAUGAUCAUGUGAAUAUUCGGCUUCUUGUAUGUGGAGAGCCUAGUAUAUUGGAUGAUGGCUGUUUAGGUGCUUUGGAAGAUGGCCUGAAUGCUCUCUUGAGGAUAGAAAUGCGUGGGAGCAAACUCCAUAGUCGAGUCAGUGCUCUACCACCUCCUUUGCAAGCACCAACAUUUUCACGUAGCGUUAUGACAAUGCGAUGUGAUAUAACAACAGCUAGUGCUGCCCAUAUUUCACUUUUGGUGUCAGGUAGUGCCCAAACCUGCUUUGAUGAUCAGCUUAUGGAAAACCACAUAAAGAGUGAAGUUAUUGAGAAAAGCCAGCUGGCCCAUUUGCUUCCGGAAGGUGAGAAAGACAAAAUGUUCCAUUCACACCCACGGAAGUCGGACGCAAUUGCUUGUGGUGCAACAAUAUUUGAGGUCGGCAUGAAGGUUCCGACAUGGGCUUCCCAGGUUUUAAGUCAGCUAGCCCCAGAUGUUUCAUAUCGUAGCUUAGUUGCACUCGGGAUUGCUGGUGUACAAGGAAUAGCUGUUGCACCAUUUGAGAAACACGAUGCAAAUCGACUUCUUUUCUUCUGUUCUAGGCAAGGCAAAGAUCCAAACCCGAGCAAUUCUCUACCCAAAGAUGUUCCUAACUGGUUGAGACCACCUCCUCCUAACAUAAACAGAUUUGCAAAGUGCAAAAUGAGUCCAAGUCCUUGUAAUGGCAUUCAAUCAGAUAAUGGGACUGGGUUACCAAAUGGCACAUCAAUACAUUUGACUCCUUUAUGUAACAAAUCUAACGUAGCUGCAAUGAGGCCCAUUCCUCAUGUACGUCAUCAGAAGAUGCUUCCUUUUUCCACAACAUUUGAGGUAAAUGGAUAUGAUGGAAGCCAAAUAAACCCUAGCAUGGCCAUUGUUCCUUCUUUAAAGCAUGGUUUAGCUGGAUCUACCCCAAUUAGCCACCGGAAACUACAGUCAGGAUCAUCCCAAACUAAUAAGCAGCAUUUCGUUCCGCUGAAUCCCCUGCCUCUUAAAAAACAUGGUUGUGGAAGAAGUCCGAUACACGUUUGUACAGAGGAAGAGUUUCUGAAGGAUGUGAUGCAGUUUCUUAUCCUCAGAGGACAUAACCGCCUCAUUCCUCAAGGUGGACUAGCAGAGUUCCCAGAUGCCAUACUUAAUGCUAAACGACUAGACCUAUUCAAUUUAUAUAGAGAGGUUGUUUCAAGAGGUGGGUUUCAUGUGGGAAAUGGCAUCAAUUGGAAAGGGCAAGUUUUCUCAAAGAUGAGCAACCAUACUGUCACCAAUAGAAUGACUGGAGUAGGGAACACAUUAAAGAGACAUUAUGAAACAUAUCUGUUGGAGUAUGAGUUAGCCCAUGAAGAUGUAGAUGGAGAAUGUUGCCUCUUGUGUCACAGUAGCGCAGCUGGUGAUUGGGUUAACUGUGGGAUAUGUGGCGAGUGGGCCCAUUUUGGUUGUGAUAGGAGGCAAGGUCUUGGUGCAUUCAAGGAUUAUGCAAAGACAGAUGGUCUAGAAUACAUAUGUCCUCAAUGCAGCAUUUCCAAUUUCAAGAAGAAAGUGGCGAAAACAUCCAACGGUUAUUCUUAGUUUUUUUUUAUUUGACAAAUCCCACUGUUUGUACGUCUCUUCUCCACCCACCACCUCUGAACUCGGAAGGAAAGGGAGAAAAAAACCCUAUGGAAUCUGCUAAUGGUGUAAAAAGUAAAUGUAACAUUUAGUUUUCGCCACUUCUUCCUGUGAUAACAGACAAAGAGGUGGAGGAAGAAGAAGACUGGAGAAUUGAGAAAUAGAGGAAUAAAGGGAUUUGCAGGAAAUAUUACCGAUUUUUUAGUGGGACAAGAACUAUGGAGGAUUUGAAGCAGCAAAAUAGAUGGUUCUACCUUCUUUUUUCUGUAAAAUAUUGUAGGUUUAUUAUUAAUAUUGUUGGUUAAUUAAAAACCGAGUUAUUGAUUGUCGACAUUUGAUUAAAGAUUGGAUAAAUAGGUGACCUUUGUAUUGUAGAACUUGUGUUCUACUAUAGUAUAUAUAGGGAUAAAUGUUUUCCAUUCA